AUGGUCGCACGUGUGACGACAGUCGCCUUCCAGGGCAUCGAGGCGGUGCCGGUCGAUGUUCAGGUGAUGGUGGCGCCGGGCAAGAUGAUGAUGCAGAUCGUCGGCCUGCCGGACAAGGCCGUCGCCGAAAGCCGCGAGCGGGUCCAGUCGGCCUUGCAUGCAUCGGGUCUGUCGAUGCCGCCCAAGCGUGUGACAGUCAAUCUGGCGCCGGCCGACCUGCCCAAGGAGGGCAGCCAUUUCGAUCUGCCGAUCGCGCUGGGACUGAUGGCGGCGCUGGGCGCCAUUCCCUCCGACGCGCUGGCCGGCUUUGCCGUGCUGGGGGAAUUGUCGCUCGACGGCACCAUCGCGCCGGUCGCCGGCGUCCUGCCGGCGGCAAUUGCGGCCAAUGCAUCGGGAAAAGGCCUGAUCUGUCCGGCGGCCUGCGGCGCCGAAGCGGCAUGGGCGGAUGCGACCAUGCCGAUCCUCGCGCCGGUCAGCCUGAUCGGGCUUGCCAAUCAUUUUCGCGGCACGCAGGUGCUGUCGCGGCCACGGGCGGCGAUGCGCGAGGCGGCAUCCAACCUGCCCGACAUGGCCGACAUCAAGGGACAGGAAACGGCGCGGCGUGCGCUGGAAGUCGCCGCGGCGGGCGGUCACAACCUCCUGAUGGUCGGCCCGCCCGGUUCGGGCAAAUCCAUGCUGGCGCAGCGCUUGCCGUCGAUCCUGCCGCCGCUGUCGGCACGCGAACUGCUCGAUGUCUCGAUGAUCGCCUCCAUCGCCGGCGAACUUGCGGGCGGCGAAUUGACCGACCGGCGCCCGUUCCGCGCGCCGCAUCAUUCGGCCUCGAUGGCCGCCAUGGUCGGCGGCGGGCUCAGGGCGCGGCCCGGCGAAGUGUCGAUGGCCCAUAAUGGCGUUCUGUUUCUCGACGAGUUCCCCGAAUUCGCGCCGCAGGUGCUGGACAGUCUGCGCCAGCCCCUGGAAACCGGCAAUUGCAUGAUCGCCCGCGCCAAUCACCGUGUGUCCUAUCCCGCCCGCAUCCAGCUCGUCGCCGCGAUGAACCCGUGCCGGUGCGGCAUGGCCGGCACGCCCGGGCAUGCCUGUUCACGCGGCCCGCGCUGCCAGACCGAUUAUCAGGCGCGGAUUUCGGGGCCGCUGAUGGACCGGAUCGACGUCCGCGUCGAGGUGCCGGCGGUGAUGCCGGGCGACCUGAUCCGGCGCAAGCCGGGAGAGACGAGCGCGGCGGUGGCUGCGCGGGUUGCAGGGGCGCGCGCACUGCAGGCAGACCGAUACACCGGUCUCGGCAUGGCGGAGGUCGGCGUCAAUGCGCACUGCCCGACGGCGAUGAUCGAGGAGGUGGCGAAGGCCGAUGGCGGCGCGCUUCAACUGCUUGCGGACGCUGCCGACAAGAUGCGCUUUUCGGCACGCGGCUAUCACCGCAUCCUGAAGCUGGCGCGGACACUGGCCGAUCUCGACGGGCACGACGCGGUCGGCCGGAUCCACAUUGCCGAGGCCAUCUCCUACCGCAUCAUGGGCGAUGCGAUGGCCGCCGCGGCGUGA